AUGUAUCAACAACCAAAUCAUUCGUACUCGUCAAGCGAUUCUUUGCGUAGAUUGUCAUCCAACAAUCCAUUUAGACAAUACCAACCAUCUCCAGCCCCAAUUCAACCACAAUCGUCUCUGCUGCUGCUUCAAAUGCCUCAACAUGGUUUGGGAUACCAAAAUGCAAAUAAUAGUCAUAAUAGUAUACUAGCUAAACAUUAUGCUCAUAGUCCUCGCAAGGCAUCAACCUUGAGUAACCAAUCAACAUCGUCAGCUCAUUUCGAUGAAUGGGUGGCUAAGAAUAGACAGCUUGUUGAUGGCAGUGACGAUGAAGAACUUUAUGGUGACCCUGAAACUGAUUCCCAAGUAAGUCCAAACAAGAUUCUCAGCUAUUAUCAAAAUAAUAACGCCUCCCUUGAUAGUAACAUUGGUGGUCAUGGUAAAAACGCUAGGAGGUAUAGUAGAAUCAACAGUGGGGGUAGUGCUACUAACCAGGGGCCACAAUAUGUGGGCAGUUUUAAUGAGCAUCAAAGUAAUGGCUAUUCAAGACCAAUCAAGCCACAAGCAAUAAGAUCAGACAGUGAUUCAAGCGUCAGUUACUCAAACAGAGCCAUGAAGUCUAAUAAUCCAUUCGUUACAUCUGCAAAUGAACCAGAAGAGCUAGUCCAGCCUCAAAUUCAACGCGAACGCGAGCCGCAACUUUCCCCACCUAGACACUCCAAUACCCCACCAGCACGUCCCCCAAAACCAGCAGAAGGUGAAUUCGCCCCACCAUCGUACGAAGAAGCUGCUGGCCCUGAAGCUGCCAAGAGAGAGUAUAGAAGAGAAAAAGAGCCAGGCUCGUCGUCACAUUCAACAAGGCAACAUCGUUCACAUUCAGACUCCCACCAUCACAGAAGCCACCGUAAAUCAUCGUCGUCGCGCCACCACAAAUCAUCUAGUUCAAGGAACAAGUCACCAAGUAAACGUAAGCCAGAAGUAGUACCAGCAAAGAAUAUGGACACUAUUGAUAAGUUGGAUGUCACUGGGUUUUUCGGCGGUGGCUUCCACCAUGAUGGACCGUUUGACGCUUGUACACCACAUAGAAACAAGAAUUCAAAGAAGGCUCCUGUCAUGGCUUUCCCCGCUGAUGGGCCUAAUAACUCCAUUGCUGGUGCAGGUAACUUUGAUAAAAAUCAACAAAUGAAUCUUGCAUUUGGCUAUGAUGAGGCUAAUGAUAGCAAACUUGAUGGCGAAAAAAGCCACGCUAAAGCCGAAAGCAAAGAGGCCGUACCUUUGAUAAAAACCAACAGAGUGUCAAACGACCCCCAAACAAGUAUCUACACACCUAAGCAAAAUCCAUCAGUAAUCAAUUUCGACUCGACCCAAAAAGCAGAGCCAGUUCAUGGUUCAACAACCGCUGGUUUAGGGUCAACUACUUUCCUCGAUGGAGCUCCAGCUCCAAGAGGUGCUGACGAUUUUUUAGCACCACCAAGUGGAGGGUUGGGUAGGAAAAAGUCGUUGGUGCAACGAUUCAAAGGUAACGGGUCUUCCAACACAUCGAGAAGAAACUCCAACGAUGACAGAAAUAGCGGUGAAAAUGUCAGAAGAGGCUCGUUGAAUGCGUUGGACAUAGAUACCGGAGAUGACGACGAUUUGAAACCGUCAAGAGGUAACUCGUUAAUCAGAAGAGUCAAGAGUUUGAAGGUAAAGAGGUAG